AUGCAAACAUGGUCGACUCCAGCUUCACCGAGUUCAAAGUUCAAACUCGACUACCCAGAAAUAAAAAACCAUGGCCUCAUCAACCCCCUCUCCAAAAGCAUCUCCGCGGAGGGAACGAGAUCCUCUAAUCACUAUAGCUGGAAGAUCGAAUGCUACUACUGGGAAGACGACGAAGACGUUGUCCUGGACCUCUCCCUCCACCUGGACAGCCAAUUCAACAGGUUCAAUGGCUUCUGCGAGGGCUUCCUGCGAAAUCGCCUGGAGUCGCGCUAUGUCAAGAACGGCGUGAUCACGCUCAUAUGUGGUGUCAUGGCUCUGCCCGGGAACUCCAUACCCGUGCCGGCCACGAACAUCGGCGACCAUCUCGGAAGCCUGCUGGAAUGCCCCGACGGCUCAGACGUCUCCUUCGUGGUCGGCGGCGAGACGUUCCGCGCCCACCGGGCCGUGCUCGCCGCCCGAUCGUCGGUGUUCAGAGCAGAGCUCUUCGGUUCCUUAGCGGAGGCCAAGAUGCAGUACAUCACAUUGCAUGGCAUCGAGCCAUCAACGUUCAAAGCUAUGCUUCGGUUCAUGUACACGGACAGAUUGUCCGUGUUGUUCGACCCCGAAAGCUUUUCCCCAACGGCACAACAGCUUCGGCGUGUGCUUGCAGCAGCGGACAGGUACGACCUCGGCAGAUUAAAGCUCAUGUGUGCUCAGGAGCUAUGGAACAUGGUAUCGGUGGAGACAGUCGCGACGACAUUAGGUUAUGCUGACAUGCACAACUGUCCGGAGCUCAAGAACAGGUGCCUCGACUUCUUCAUGGUGGGGGAGAACUUCACGAGAAUUGUGGUAACCGAGGGGUACCUGUGGCUCAUGCAACGCUUCCCGUCGGUUAUCGAUUAG